UCGAGUAUCGGAUCGGCCUGGCCUCACGUUGACCCGUUUCCCUUGGCGCUCAGCGCCCGUCGCAAAUAAAGUUACAAACAUUGUUGAAUAAAAUAUCCGCAAGAGAAAAUAAACCUCGCCAGACAACAUCGAUUACUCACCGACAUCUGCCCAACGAAAAUAUUCUACGAAUAAUUCGAAUAAUAAUGACGAGGAAGAGAAAAUGGGGAAAUUGAAUUGUCCAAUUUGAUUGACAAGAGAACAACAUUUCCCCGGUGUAAUGUUGACAUUACAUAACAGCCCAUAAAUUCCUGAAAUGUUCAAAUAACUGGCGGCGGGUUUAUUUUUGUUAUGCCAGCGCGCCAAUUCCCUCGCCGUUCCGUCUCUGAGUAGAGCGUUUGGUGCCUGGAAAAUAUAUCUCGGCGAGCGAAGGAAAAACAAUGAUCCAAUAACAAACAUAAACUAUGAUUCCAUUUUCUUGUUUUCGGGACAACCGACGGCGGAGAAUUUAUCGAACUCCACGUGUGUUAUUCAAUUGAUUUGAUUCCACCGAUUCCGGAACUAAAUCGUGGGGUUGGAUCGUUCGAGACUCUUGAUACUCUCGCGCUGUUGCAAUUUGCCAGAGGGCUUUCAAUUUAAUUCCUCCGAGGGAGAAAAAUCUCAGGGCCGAACUUUCGAAGUAUCCGGGGUUACGACAGAACUCCUUUGCCAUUCAUCCUGUUCACCGUUGUCUGCCUGAGAAAUCAAUCACAUUCGGCCGGAAUAAAAGGCUCACAUAGAAUUCAUCCGUGCGUCAAGUCUGGAAUGCUCGAGAAAUUCAAUCGGAAUGAAAGAGUUUGACGAGUGACAAUGGAUAAGCUCGGAUGGCCUGCACAACGCGACAACAAUAAUAUUCAAAAGCCCAGCAGGAUGCCGGAAUAUCAGUAAAUCCGAGCAGAAAUUCACGAAAGCCAUAAAGGACAGAAAUAAAGAAAAAAACUGUGGUGAUCGCCAAUCUGAAAGCACUCGUCACAAUGGGGACCCAUGAUAAAGGAGAUGCUGAUAUAACGUGCAUCAAGGAGGACAGCACACGUGACGAUCGGGACGCUGCAUGCCGAGAGCAGAUGGCCCAAUCGCAGCCGACCACGCACACAGACAGAGUCUUCAAGAGAUAUCUUCCAAACAACAAGCUCCGUCUCUACAUCAUCAAUCGGGAUUUAGUCGUUACUGGAGGUAAAAUCGAUAAACUGCUGGGUGUGAUAGUCGUCGAGCCUGAUUAUGUUCGCGACAAGAGGGUGUACGCACAAAUAACUUUGACUGCUCGCCUGAGCCGGGAGGAGGAGGAGGUAAUGGGGGUUAAAUUUUGCAACGAAAUACCGUUUUGCUUCACUCAACUGUAUCCACCGUAUUCCCAUGACGAUCAGCCUGAAGCUAUGACACCAGUCCAGGAAGCGCUCAUCAGGAGUCGAGGGCCCAAUGCCUAUCCAUUUUCAGUGGAAGUGCCAGCAGUCGCACCGCCAUCCAUUCGCCUACGUCCCCCUCAAAAAUACAACGGGGCACCACUUGGUACGAGCUACGAAUUCAAAGCCUGGGUUGCUGAACGUGCAGAUCAGAGGCAUGACGACAGUUCCACUGUACGAAUGGGUAUAACUGUGAUACAGCGGGGUCUUCCGACCCCUCGACCCAUUAGUAAGCUCUGCGAAAGUACGACGCGUAUGGCGGAAUCGACUCUCUCAUCACGUGCAUUGGAGGAGCCAGCAGUUCCCACCGCAGCUGUGAAAAGGCGUCUGCUGUUGACUGAAGGUUCAAUCAGACUAGAGGCGCGAUUGGAUCGCGCCAUUUAUGCCCAUGGGGAUUCAAUAUCCGUUCAUGUCUAUAUCGCUAACGAUAGUCACAGGUCUGUCAGAAGAAUCGAGGUAAUGGCGCUUCAGCACGUGGAGGUUUGCAUGUUCAACAAUGGCAUUUUCAAGAAUACCGUGGCCUCCGAGUUGGACCAGGACAAUUGUCCCCUCGUGUCAGGAUCAACUCUCACUAAGACGUACUGUCUGCGUCCAACAGAAGGCUCUCCAAAACACUGGAUUGCUCUGGAGGAGAAUUAUACGAGAGCCGGUCCCAUUCUGGCAUCCACUGUGAUAUCCUCGGAGGUCAGUGAAAAGGACAGAAGCCCCUAUUACGCCAUCAACGUAUCCUAUUACGUGCAGGUGAAACUCCUCACGUCUCUUAUGUGCGAGAAAAUCUCAGUUAAAUUACCAUUCACACUGAUACACAAGAGUCCUGAGUCUGAUUUAAUGGGAUUUGCCACAGCUGUGGGGGAAAUUCCAGUGCAAACGCCGAUGCAGGAGAAAAAAGACGACAAAACACAACACAAAGUGGAGGAAAUUAAAAAACGUGAUUCAACGCACGACUUGGAACUCAUAAAAAACGUCGAUACCGAAGAGAGCUGAGGCCAGGGUGGCUCGCACUGUGAACAAGUGCAUGAGGAGAGAUGUAGAGAUCGAGUAAUAAGUCUCAAGAAUUCAGAUAACAUGGGCUGCCAAUCAGGUUUCAGCUUGCAAAGGGCUUGUUGCUGCUUUUGUAGAGCCUCGUAGUGCAUUUGAACUGAUGGAGGGAGACUCCUCUUUCCAUCAGUUCAAGGCUUUUAUUUCCAUAUCAGAGACUUAAAUUGAGAGAAACGAAAAUGUGGAUUUCCUCAUUUGCGUCAAUUGCAUUUAUUCGGGAAAAUUAAAUAUCUCAUUGUGACACUUUCUUUCGCCGAAAGCUUCUCCCAGUGCUGGUUAUUCUACGAUAAGUGAUUGUUCAAUUUCUGUACAAAUUUGACGAACGGUUGGGGAACGAGUGGGGCAAAAUGGGGAGUCAUGACUUUUCUUUAAAUCUCAAUAAUUCGUUCAGCUAAAAAAAUUGAAUCAACUGAGUUUUACUGAACUUUACCUCAAUUGAUCAACUUAUUUCUGAAUUACGAGCACUGAAAGCAAAGUAAAUAGUGCCUGUUUUGCCCCACCUUCCCCCAAUCAAAAUAAUGCAUCUAUGUGAAUAUAAUAUUGUAAAUAUCAAUUAAAGAAGAAUGAAAAAUGAA